ACGUAAAACACUGGCCACAAGAAUUAAUGCCAUCUUUAUUGCUGUUCCUGAUAACUACAAUAAAGAUUCAGAAAAUACAAAUUAAUGGGUCCUUUUUGUUUCCCAUUUUUUCGCAUAACCAAGAGUCUUGGUGCUUUUGGCAUCGUGGGUUUUGCUUCAGUUGAAGUGUUGUCUGGUUUAGUGAUUUGCGAGCGGCUGCGAAAUGGGUAUUUUGAGUAGUAUUCUGGGGUUUUUCGGGUUUGGAGUUGGAACUUCAAUUGGGAUUGUAAUUGGGUACUACAUGUUCAUCUACUUCCAGCCAACUGAUGUAAAGGAUCCUGUAAUUCGACCUCUGACUGAGCUGGACUCCAAUGCCUUGCAAAAGAUGCUUCCAGAGAUACCUCUUUGGGUGAAAAAUCCAGAUUAUGAUCGUGUUGACUGGCUCAAUAGGUUUAUUGCAUACAUGUGGCCUUAUCUGGACACGGCAAUUUGCAAGACUGUUAAAAGUAUAGCAAAGCCCAUCAUUGCCGAGCAGAUUCCAAAAUACAAAAUAAACUCUGUUGAAUUUGAAGCACUAACGUUGGGUUCCCUACCACCCACCUUUCAAGGGAUGAAAGUUUAUCUCACUGACGAGAAGGAAUUGAUUAUGGAACUGUCAAUUAAGUGGGCAGGAAAUCCAAAUAUUGUUGUUGCAGUUAAAGCAUUUGGAUUAAGAGCCACUGUUCAGGUGGUCGAUUUACAAGUAUUUGCCACUCCACGAAUCACUUUGAAGCCUUUGGUUCCUACAUUUCCUUGUUUUGCCAAAAUUUUAGUGUCUCUCAUGGAGAAGCCACAUGUUGACUUUGGACUAAAACUGUUCGGUGCAGAUGCGAUGUCCAUUCCUGGUCUAUAUAGGUUUGCCCAGGAAAUUAUCAAAGAUCAAGUUGCAAAUAUGUACCUGUGGCCCAAAACACUUGAAGUUCAAAUAAUGGAUCCUUCAAAAGCCAUGAAGAAACCUGUUGGUAUUCUUAAUGUGAAAGUUGUAAGGGCUAUGAAACUUAAAAAGAAAGAUCUAUUGGGGGGAUCAGACCCCUAUGUGAAACUAAAGCUCACUGAGGAUAAGCUUUUAACAAAGAAAACAACCAUCAAAUACAAAAAUUUGAACCCAGAGUGGAAUGAAGAGUUUAGUAUGGUUGUGAAAGACCCUGAAACUCAAGCCUUGGAGCUUAUUGUCUAUGAUUGGGAACAGAUAGGAAAACAUGACAAGAUUGGUAUGAAUGUUGUUCCGCUGAAAGAUCUAACACCUGAAGAACCAAAAGUCAUGACACUUGACAUACUAAAGAACAUGAAUCCAAAUGAUGUGCAAAAUGAGAAAUCGCGCGGCCAGUUAGUUGUUGAGCUAGUAUACAAGACUUUCAAGGAUGAUGAGAUACCAACAGAGAGUGGAGAUUCAAAUGCGGUUGAAAAGGCUCCUGAAGGAACACCUGCUGGUGGUGGCUUGCUUGUGGUUAUCGUACAUGAAGCCGAGGAUGUGGAAGGAAAGCACCACACAAAUCCUUAUGUGCGUUUAACCUUCCGAGGGGAGGAGAAAAAAACCAAGCCGGUAAAGAAAAACCGAGAUCCAAGAUGGGGAGAAGAAUUUCAGUUCGCACUGGAGGAACCGCCCACAGAUGAUAGACUUCAUGUGGAAGUAAUCAGUAACUCCUCAAGGAUGGGGCUGUUGCAUCCCAAGGAAUCUCUAGGCUAUGUGGUUAUAAACCUGUCUGAUGUUGUGACCAACAAGAGAAUCAAUGAGAAGUAUCACCUCAUCGACUCAAAGCACGGCCGGCUUCAAAUCGAGCUGCAAUGGAGAACUUCAUCUUAAGGCGGAGCCACAUUUGCUCUCUGUUAUCGAUUCGAAUGGACCGCCUUUCCUCAUCCUUGCUUCUGUUAGUGAUCUUAGUAGUAGUCAUUUGUGCUUGGUAGUUGACUCUUGCAUUCACCUUCAGAAGGGUUCCUGUAAAUCUAUGCUUGUUGACGCUUCUACAUGGAGUUCUUAAUAUCAAUAAUUAGUCUUGUACUCUCUUUUUUCUUGAUACAGCGUUUGGCCAUGUAUUUGCAUCCGUCAAACGCACUGUUUUUGGCUUGAACGCAUCGAGUUCGUACAAAAAA